AUGUCUACAAAAUUCCCCGAGAUUCAAGGCGGAGGCUCCCUGAUUCUCGCCUGGCAGAUCAAGAACAAAGAAGUUCUGGUGGUUGGCGGGGGCGAGGUUGCCGCCGGCCGGAUUGUCAAUCUUCUCAAUGCCGAUGCGAAGGUGACAGUGGUUUGCCCGCGGGAGGGGCUCAAUGAAGAGGUGGCGUAUCGAGUAGACCACGGGCAGGUUCGACACAUCGACCGAAUUUUCCUUCCACUGGACCUCGAACCCGAACGGAAGGUUGCCAUGGUCUUGACCGCCGUCGACGACCCGGAGGCGUCCACUCGGAUAUGGAAGUACUGCAAGGAAAUGAAGAUUCCUGCCAACAUCGCGGACGUGCCCUCAGAGUGCGACUUCUACUUUGGCAGUGUGCACCGAGACGGGCCGCUACAGAUCAUGGUGUCUACAAACGGCAACGGGCCCAGGUUGGCGGCGGCGAUCCGACGGCAGAUUGGGAGGAUGCUGCCCAAGGGAACAGGAGACAGCAUCGAGAAGGUGGGCCAGCUUCGGCGCCGACUUCGCAGGGCAGCCCCGGGUAAGAGCACGCGGGACAUCAGCAAGAGAAUGGGAUGGAUGAGCGCCGUGUGUGACCGAUGGAGUACGGAGGAUUUCAAUGCCAUGGACGACGAAGAUAUGGAGACAUUGGUGGACUAUUAUGAGUCGGGCAAGGUCCCCAGUUUUGAGGAGGUACGGCUUGGGAACCGCGGAGACGUGGUCUGGGAGUUUGACGGUUCAUUUGGAUGGAUGUAA